UUAUCUCCUUCCCUCGCUUCACGGCCUUGCUCGCUCGGAGGAUUGGCUGCCUGUCUUCGUCUCAAUUCCCUCUGAACUCUCUUUCUCUUCGCUUCAUCCUCUAUUUUCUCGCCAUGUUCCGCAGUGUCCUGCCGCGGGCGACGCCGCGGACUGCCCUCCGCUCUGCCAGCCCCAAGGCUGUCCCUUCCAACUUCAUCGCUGCCCCCUCUCUCGCUCUCUUCGGACGCACGAAACGUGGCUAUGCCUCUGAGUCAGGCGAGCACGAUGUUGUGAUCAUUGGUGGUGGUGUCGCUGGUUACGUUGCCGCUAUCAGAGCUGGUCAGGAGGGUCUGAAGACUGCUUGUAUCGAGAAGCGUGGCCGUCUCGGUGGUACUUGCUUGAACGUCGGCUGUAUCCCCUCGAAAUCUCUCUUGAACAACUCCCACCUCUACCACCAGAUCCUCCACGAUACGAAAAAGCGCGGUAUCGAGGUGGGCGAUGUCAAGCUCAACCUUGAGCAGAUGAUGAAGGCCAAGGACACUUCCGUUGAGGGUCUGACCAAGGGUAUCGAGUUCUUGUUUAAGAAGAACGGUGUCGAUUACAUCAAGGGUACUGGUGCCUUCGUCGACGAGAACACUGUGCAGGUCAACCUUCUUGAUGGUGGUGAGCAGACUCUGCGCGGCAAGAACAUCAUUGUUGCCACCGGUUCCGAGGCCACUCCCUUCCCCGGCUUGAACAUCGAUGAAAAGAGAAUCAUUACCAGCACUGGUGCUCUCGCUCUCAAGGAGGUUCCCAAGAAGAUGGUCGUCAUUGGUGGUGGUAUCAUCGGUUUGGAGAUGGCCUCUGUCUGGUCCCGUCUCGGCGCCGAGGUCACCGUCGUCGAAUUCCUUGGUCAGAUCGGCGGUCCUGGUAUGGACGCCGACAUCGCCAAGCAGGCUCAGAAGAUCCUGCAGAAGCAGGGCAUCAAGUUCAAGACCGGCACCAAGGUUACCAAGGGUGACGACAGCGGCGCCACCGUCUCUUUGAGCGUUGAGGCCGCCAAGGGUGGUAAGGAGGAGACUCUGGACGCCGAUGUUGUUUUGGUCGCCAUUGGUCGCAGACCCUACACCGAGGGAUUGGGCUUGGAGAAGGUCGGCAUCGAGAAGGACGAGCGUGGCCGUCUGGUCAUCGACCAGGAGUACCGCACCAAGGUCCCUCACAUCCGUGUCAUUGGUGACUGCACUUUCGGCCCCAUGCUUGCCCACAAGGCCGAGGAGGAGGCCGUUGCCGCCAUCGAGUACAUCAAGAAGGGCCACGGCCACGUCAACUACGGCGUCAUCCCCAGCGUCAUGUACACUCACCCCGAGGUCGCCUGGGUCGGUCAGAACGAGCAGGAGGUCAAGGCCGCUGGCGUCAAGUACCGUGUCGGUACCUUCCCCUUCAGCGCCAACUCCCGCGCCAAGACCAACCUCGACACUGAGGGUCAGGUCAAGUUCAUCGCCGAUGCUGAGACCGAUCGCAUUCUCGGUGUCCACAUCAUUGGCCCCAACGCCGGUGAGAUGAUCGCCGAGGCCACCUUGGCUGUUGAGUACGGUGCUUCUUGCGAGGACAUUGCCCGCACCUGCCACGCUCACCCUACCCUGGCUGAGGCCUUCAAGGAGGCUGCCAUGGCCACCUACUCCAAGGCCAUCCACUUCUAAGCCCCUUCACCUCUUUACCGCCAUCAUGUACCUCAUCUCUAGUCUAGCUCUGCUAGCAAAUCCCGUGUAGCAUUGACACCAUUAUAUCUCC